GUAUGCGACGGCCCUUCUCAACUACGUAGCUCUCCUCCGCCUGUUUGGGAUCUGUUGUGUUCAUCGGCAGCUCCGGGAAUGGAUAAAACAACUGAGAUGGAUAACCUGGAAAUGCGUCUCCGGGCGCUAGAGAGUCGUAUAUAUGGCGAGAGAAAAAACAAGAGUGGAAAACCUGUAAAGUGUGCGGAGUCAUUGGCCAGGAUUCAGGCCGGUCUGACCAACACAGCCAAUAAGAGAGAACGAGUAAAGAUUCUGCACAAGAAGAUUGAGGACCUCUUAAAGUACUUGGACCCUGAGUUCACAGACCACAUCACUGUGCCUGAUGCCAUGAAGCUGGAGUUCAUCCUUGCAGAGGAAGACUUCUUGCUUUCGCAGGCUGCUUUACUGGAACAGGUCAGCAACCUGCAGCCACUGCUGGACAGCACCUACAUCAGAGAUGUACCAGAACAUGCCACCAAGCUGCAGCGCUUAUCACAGAUUCACAUCAAACAGCAGGACCAAAGUGAGGUUCAGUCACAGGAAGUUAAGAAGCUUUUUGAAGAAUACAACAAAAUGAUGUUCCUGUUGUCCAAGCAGUUCACCCAGUGGGAUGAGACCCUGAGAAAAAUGGAAGAGGCCAAAGGAAUCCGACCUAUGGAAUAGUGAUUAUCAACAUACGUUCAGAUGACGAAAGUGGAAAAACACUGCACUGUGGUGGGAGUGUCAGAUAUGUGAGGCAAUGGCAUCACCACAUUUCUUUCUUAUUUUCUUUCUUUUUUUAAACAUUUAAUUUAUUUGAAUUAGGUGAUAUAACUUUGAUAAUCUAACCUGAUGUAAGAAAUACUCAAAAGUGUAAGAAACAGUACAUUAACAAUUCCAGAAAUAGUCACUGCAGAUUGUAAAUAUUGAAGGCAGGUUUGUCUUCCUGCUAAUGCUGGUGGUUCCAAACUGACACUCAUAUUGGAAGAAAAUGGGUUUCCUGUAACCGUUUAUUUGUGGAUGAAUUCACUCCUAUCAUUAAACUUGUAGUUGUUAUGCUGUUUAUUGUCAGACAAAAGUACUUUACUUGUAAUGUAUUCCUGUCCUCCUUACUGUAGGCAUGUCACAAGACUUAAAUUGCUCUUCCCCCAGUUCAAAAACACACACCUAGUUACUUCCCUCUGGAUGCUUCUUGACAUGACUUAUAAAACCUUAAAUUAGCUUCAGUAUUUUUUCCAGUAUUUGGUUUGAACAAUUUCAUUAUAUCUGAUUUCUCUUAUAGCAAAUAAAUGUUGAUAAAUAAAUAUGACUUUUUGGGGGGAUAUUCAAAA